AAGAGUAUAAAUAUCAAGCAGCCUCACCCAGUCAAGUUCAGAGAAAGAUUACCAGGAAAAAGCAAGAUGGAUCUCCUCCCUGGCUUUUCCAUUGAGACGUGGUCCUUGCUCGUAGCUCUGCUGGGACUUCUCAUGCUGUAUGGAAUCUGGCCCUAUCGUGUGUUCUGGAAACUGGGGGUUCCCGGCCCGACCCCACUACCUUUCAUUGGAACUUUAUGGCAAUUCAGUAAAGGUUUUGUGAAGUUCGAUACCAUGUGCUAUGAGAAAUACGGAAAAGUCUGGGGGAUCUAUGAUGGCCGACAGCCUGUGCUCGCCGUGAUGGAUCCCCAGAUUAUUAAAACGGUUCUAGUGAAAGAAUGCUACACCAACUUUACCAACCGCCGGGUGUUUGGUGCAGCUGGAAUAUUGAGGUCAGCAGUCUCUGUAGUCCAGGACGAACAUUGGAAGAAUCUACGGACUUUGCUCUCUCCAACAUUCACCAGUGGGAAGCUGAAGGAGAUGUUUCCCAUCAUAAAACAUUACGGAGAGGUUUUUGCGCAACAUGUUCAGAAGAAAGUGGAAAGGGAUGAGCCCAUGGUGAUGAAAGACAUCUUCGGGCCCUACAGCAUAGAUGUGGUCACCAGCACUUCUUUCGGGGUGGAAGUCAACUCCAUGGAAAACUCGAAUGACUAUUUUAUCAAGGAGAUGAAGGAAUUCACCAAGCCUUUUCAGUCUCUCAGUGUAAAGUUCGCUCUGAUGUUGACAUUCCCUUUCCUUGUCCCUGUCUUUAAUGCCUUGAAUAUACAGCUGUUUCCCAAAGAUUCGGUGGAUUUCUUCAUAAAAUCCUUUGAGAAAAUCAAGGCAGCUCGCUUGAAAGAAGGCCAAGCGAGCCGAGUCGACUUCCUGCAGCUGAUGAUGAACUCCCAAGUUUCCAAGGGCAGCCCCCAGAGCAAUGGGGUCAACCAUGGACACAAAGGCUUGACCGAUGAGGAAAUCCUUGCCCAAUCCAUCAUGUUUGUCUUCGCUGGCUACGAACCCACCAGUAACGCCCUCAAUUUCUUGGCCUACGCUUUAGCCACUCACCCGGAUGUUCAACAGAAAGUUCAAGAUGAGAUAGACUCUGUUCUACCUAACAAGGCCCCCCUGACAUAUGAUGCUAUCAUGCAGUUGGAGUAUCUUGACAUGGUGAUGAGUGAGUCACAAAGACUUUACCCCUUAGGAGGACGGAUUGAAAGGGUCAGCAAGAAAGAUGUUGAGAUCAAUGGGGUGACCAUUCCAAAAGGCGCAGUGGUGAUGACCUCGCCCUAUCUUCUCCAACGGGAUCCAGAAUUCUGGCCAGAACCGGAAGAGUUCAGACCAGAAAGGUUCAGCAAAGAGAACAAAGACAAAAUCGACCCUUACACAUUCCUGCCCUUUGGAGCUGGGCCACGGAACUGCAUUGGGAUGAGGUUUGCACAAGUAACCAUGAAGGUGGCCAUCACAGUCCUCCUCCAGCGCUUCUCCUUCAGAGUCUGCAAAGAAACUCCGAUUCCUCUCAAGAUGAAGAAUAGUCCAUUUUUAACACCGGAGAAGCCCAUCGUUUUGAAGUUAGUCCCACGAGAUGCUUCCUAAGAAAGGCCACCAUGUGUCUCAAGCUAUGUGACCCCUUGCCAGCUCAGCAGCAGAUGUGGGAUACAGACUUUGUUCAUAGUCAGAAUCUCACCCAGACAGCUGUGCAUUCUGAAGACAAUGGCUAGAUCUACCCAGAGAGCUGGACUCUCCGAUCCAAUUCUUGGAUUCUAAAUCCAAUCGAUACACCAUGCAUUAAUAAAAUAAAUACAAAAACACAAA